AUGCCUCACCAAACUCUUAGGUAUGCCAUGAUCGGCGGUGGCCAGGGCUCCUGGAUCGGUGAGGCACACCGCAAGGCGUUGGCUCUGGACAAUACUGCGAGGCUCGUGGCUGGCUGCUUCUCCUCCAACCAUGACCGGUCGCAAGCUUUUGGCCAAGAGUUGGGAUUGCCAGAUCUGCGGGUCUAUGGCUCGGCCAUGGAGCUUGCGGAAGCCGAGGCGGCCCUUGAAGACAAACCGCAUUUCGUGGUCAUCUGCACGCCGAACCGGCACCACUUGGAGCAGAUCAAAAUGCUGGCCGCCAAAGGUUUCCCGAUCGUUUGCGACAAGCCACUAUGCGACACCCUCGCUGAGGGGAAGGAGGCUUUAAAGGCUUUAGCGUCCCCAGGUAGUGGCUUGCUCGCGUUAACACACUGCUACGCGGGAUAUGCUAUGAUCAAGGAGGCCCGAUCCUUGAUCAGGAAAGGCCGUUUGGGUACGCUUCGCAAGGUGGUGGUGGAGUAUCCGCAGGGAUGGUUGAUGCCUGAGGAUGCCGAAGAAGGCAAGCCGGCAAUGAGUGCCUCCACAGGUGUCUCUAGCAUGGUCGAUGUCGGUACGCACGCGGAGCACCUAGCCAGGUAUGUCACUGGCCUGCAGACGAAGGAGGUCUUUGCUGACGUUUCUAGUUUUGUGCCCGGUGGUGCUCGCACUCCGGACGACUUCAAUGUGCUAGUACGCUACGAAGGUGGCCAACGCGGCGUGCUGAUAGCUUCGCAAUCCUCAUCCGGGGAGCAGAACUGCUUGCGGCUGCGGGUCUACGGCUCGGAGGGAUCCCUCGACUGGAUGCAAGAGGAUCCCAACCUACUCAUAUUGCGCCUCCGUGAUCAGCCAGUGCAGACUCUGCAUCGGGGGCAGCCAUACCUCAGCGCAGAGGCUCAAUCCUGCUCUCGUCUCCCACCGGGACACCCGGAAGGCUACCUCGAAGCCUUUGCCAACAUCUAUCGCAGCUUCGCUGAAGCUGUGCAGGCGUACAACCGUGGUGAGGUUGCAAAUGUGGAUUUUCCCAACGCAGCUGAUGGAAUUGCCAGUUUAGCCUUUGUAGAAGCAGUCUCCAAAAGUUCUGAGACGGGUACCUGGGUUUCUGCACAGCCAUAG